AUGUCUGGGGAAAAUUAUACCACAGUGACUGAAUUCAUCUUGCUAGGGUUAACAGACUCACCUGAACUUCAAAUUAUACUUUUUAUUGUAUUUUGGGCCAUUUACACACUCACACUAAUGGGCAAUUCAGGAAUGAUUAUAUUAAUCAAAAUAGAUUCUCAACUCCACACACCUAUGUAUUUUUUUCUGACUAACUUGUCCUUCAAUGACAUUUUUUAUUCUUCAACUAUCACUCCAAAGAUGUUGGUUGACUUAGUGUCCAAAAGAAAAAUCAUCUCUUUCGCUGGGUGCUUUGUGCAAAUGUAUGUCUUUAUUGCUUUGACAACCACUGAAUGUAUCCUCUUUGGACUGAUGGCUUAUGACCGUUAUGUGGCCAUCUGUAAUCCUCUACUUUACCCAGUUAUCAUGUCAAGAACAGUCUGUCUGAAGAUGGCCAUGGGGGCCUUCACAGCAGGAUUCCUGAACUCUAUUAUUCAUACUAGUUACAUAAGUAGUUUAUCUUACUGUGGCUCCAAUGUCAUCCACCACUUUUUCUGUGACAGUUCCCCAAUCCUCAAACUCUCUUGCUCUGACACUCAAAUGAAUGAAACCAUCAUUUUCAUUUGUGCUGGGAUAAAUUUGUUAGGGGCACUUUUGAUCAUUCUUACUUCUUAUAUCUAUAUCCUUUACUCUAUUUUACACUUGAAUUCAAUUGAAGGGAAACGCAAAGCUUUCACAACCUGUGCUUCUCAUCUUACAGCUAUUGCUAUAUAUUAUGGAACUGCAAUUGUUACUUAUUUGUGUCCAAUUUCAAAAUACUCCCCAAUUCAAGGAAAAGUGUUGUCUGUAUUCUACACAGUGGUUAUCCCAAUGUUGAAUCCUUUAAUCUACAGCCUGAGAAAUGAAGAUGUGAAGAGGGCUUUAAAAAAUGUUAUCAAUAGAAAAAGAUCCUAA